AUGUUUAUAUUUGUAAUGUACAAAGAUGCGCCGGAAUUAUCGCAUUAUUUACGACGUUCCUCUUCGGAACUGGAUCCAUCAGUGGAGAAGACCUUGUUGGUAAACCCGAACUGCCAAGUGAGGGUCAUGCUCGAAUACAUUAGGAAGAAAUGCAAGUUAGGUACUUUCACCCAGUUCGAUUUGUCUGAAGCUAAUGGUCUACUGAAGGGGCUCUUCGAAUUGGACACGUUCGCGUACGCGACCAAUCUAUUUGAGCACAAGCGGACAUAUUAUUUAAUCGUACUUAAACCGGAAUCCGAUAAACGAUUAUCAGUCAUACCACAAUUGAGCCAAGACAACUCCUUCUACCAAGCCCUGAAGAGUCGUGUGAAUAAUUACAUAUUGACUGGUGCUGUGAGCCCAUCUAACACCCCACCAUCGAAGGCGACCCCACCAGGGAAGAUUACACCACCGAAAACUACUAGUGCAAAGAAAAAGUAA